AUGGGAUCUCCAUUCACGAUGGUUUUAGCCAAUAUUCACAUGUUACAAUUGGAACAACCAUUGAUCGAACAUCAACAAUGUCAUGAUGAACUGUAUGACCGGGAUCAUCCUCGAAGCGUACAUCGAACUAUUGUUUAUGGUGGUUUACUUCGUAUUAUUCGUUUCUGUUCGCAUGUGGACGACUUUGAUCGAGAACAACUGAAAUUUGAAUUAACUUUAAUAACUAGCGGUUAUCCAUUGAGAUUUAUCAAAUAUCAUUUCAAACGGUUCUUCGCAGACAAGACAAAAAAACGUCGACAAAUUAUUACGGACCCUGAUGAUCUAGAACAAUAUCUUCCAAAGAAGAAACCGUGGGAUAGAGAAAAACUAAUUCUACAUUAUCGUUAUGAAAGUAGUCCAAUUGUACGAUAUCGCCAAGAAUUUGGUCGUUUCUGGAAAGAUUCUUAUGUCAAUGAUCCGUCGCGUGUCAAAGAUGUUCGUCUAACUGUUGGUAUACGCAUCAAUCCAUCACUGGAACAUCGAUUGGUUAAAAAGAGGCCUCCUCAAGUUCUCUUGAACAAUAGAAAUGAUGAAAAAGCGGUUCCAUUAGAUGCUGCGGUAGUUUCCACAAACAUAAUACUAGAUCCUCCACCGGCUAAUAAUGUGACUGUUAAUGUAAGAUGGACAUUCUUUAAUGGAAUCAAUUUCACACAUGUUGUAAUGAUCAUUAACAAUCUUAAAUCAUCACAAUAUGCUGCUAUGGGUCUCGGACAAAAUCAAUCUAUGGUGAUUAUAGAAGAAUAG